AUGUUUACCACCAGAGCCGCUAUCCUCACAAGAAGCGUACAGCCUAGCACGCGCCUUGGAUUCACCAGAACCUUCUUCAAUGGCUGGUUCAAGGCAUGGCAGACCCAAAAGGUGAUCUACCCUCCCAAGCCCCAGGAUUUCACCACCAACAACCGGAUUUUUGAGGCCUAUGUGCAACACGCCAACGAGCUCCACGACUACUUGCUUUUCAAGGAACCGUUACUCUUGAACUUCACUUAUGCUGACCCCAAGUCCAACAAGGUGACGCAGGCACUCUUUGAUGUGUUGAGCAACAGAGACAAGUAUCCCACUGAGACUGCCGUGAACUUGGUCAACAUCAUGGCUGACACCGAGGGUGGCAGAGAGUUGAUGCUCGACUAUGGCGUGGGAAAGAUUCCUUCGGUGGUCUUGUUGAGGAAGCAGAUCCCUGUGGACCGGUUGGUUGUUGAUGUGGACCGGUUCAGCGAGCAGGAUGUCAUUGAGUGGUUGCGGAGCAUCCGCUAG